AUGCGACCCGGGCACCCCCAAGGCGUGCCGUCAGACAUGUUUGCUGGUUUCCCGUGCCAUGAACCGGACCUCGUUACCUUCUACGCCUUUACCGCCAUCACCUUUGCGGGAGGAGCGUACAUCAUCGUCAACAGGGACCGCUGGGCAUCCCCGCGUGUUACUGUGUAUGCAUGGGCUGUACUCUACUCGGCGUACCUUGCUGUUGUGCUGGUCUACGGUUGUUGGUUCGGCGCCAUAUACACGUCGACCAUAAGACUACUCUUUCAUGGGGUCGUGGCGGGCUCGGCGAGUAUCCCGUCCAAGAUUUUUGACGCGCUUCUACUGGGCCUUUUUGCGGCUUUUUUGUCGCUAUUACUGCUUGUGUGGCUCGCGGUGGUUUUUAUGACGGCAAGGAGCUUAGUUAUCAUAUGGCGGAGGAAGGAGGCCCAAGGGAUUGGCACUGGCGUACACAAGGGUGAGAAGGACCUUGUUCGACCACGAAGCCGAUCAACAAGCCGAUCAACAGUCUAA